UCUAUGCGACUAUUUUUGGUAUGAAAAAACGUUGUAUCCCAGAAUGCACUCGCUACGGUCCCGAAACGUCCACACAGUGUGGCACAAACACGCACACACACAACAGUUCUUUGGCGCCUCCGUGUGAUGAGAGGAUCGAUUCUGCAGCACAGCGCCGUUACAAUUUGCAAUGGCUGCAGCUUUGUCCCGUGCCCUCAAAUUGCCUGGGAAGAAGGGCUCGGAGCUUGGAGAGUAUGACCCCCUCACUCAGGCCGACAGUGAGGACGAGAGCGAGGAGGACGACCUGGUCCUCAACUAUCCCCGCAAUGGCCUGGGGAGGGGCAACUGCAUGGGUACAGGUACCUCAGAGCUGAGAGGGAGCAGAACAGGGAGGCUCGUAGGGGAUGAAGAUGAGGCAGAGGAGGAAGAGGAGGACGAUGAUGAGUGGAGAGAACGGCUCCCGGGAAAAAAGAGGCAGGAGAGAGAGGAAAAGGGCAUGCAGUACUGGAGCCAGAGAGAGACAAACAGGGAUGAGGGAGUAGAGGAUGGAGGGGGGCUUGGGGCCUCUGGUGGCCCUGGAUUGGGUGUCAGUGCCAGUGCUGACCCGGACGGGAAGAAGGCUAAGGUGAGGGGAGCCAUCCGGGCAGCGUUUUUCCUGGUGCCUCUAGUCUGUGCCAUGCUGGUGGUGCUGCUGUGUGCCUUUUUGGUGCCUUGUCAGCAUGGGGAACUGGACAAACGGCCGCAGUGGGAGAAAGAGCUGGGUGAUCAUGUGGGAGGUGUUACCCCACCUCCUCUUGCACUGUGGGAUGUUGACAAUGACUCAGUUGAGGAUGUGCUAAUAGGAGUCACUCAAAAGAGCAACAAUACCCAUCUCUCCAGUUCUGUGGGGAACAACAAAGAGUACAGUGUGGUGGCCCUAUCUGCAUUCAGUGGUGAGGUGCUCUGGAGGAGGGUCCUCAGGGAACCUGUGGAGUCCAUCCAGUGUGGGCUGCAGUACGAAGCCCACCCAUCACCACUGCCAGCAGGGGGCGCUGCCCUCAGAGCCCUCCCCAACAGCGCCAUUCCCCUAUCUGGCCAGAGAGACAGAGCUAGCGGCCCCGUGUGUCUGCUCAUCGAGUCUGCACACCUCACUGCUGUCAACGGCACCACAGGGAAGAAGCUGUGGUCGGUAGCCCCAGGGGAGAUCCAGUCCCAGGCAGUUUCCCUGCCAGAUCUCCAAGGUGACUCUGUUCCUGACUUGCUGAUUGCCACUUUACCUGCUGACCAGGUGUCUGACCUCUCACUGCUCCUGCUGUCUGGGCUGACUGGAGCUCUGCUUGGACAUCCCGUGACCUUUAACCUCACGACCUUUAAUGUCUCUGGAAAGCUGAUUGGUCCCCUGUUUCAUGAGACACAGCUGGGGGCAUAUUACAUUCUAUUUGGACUAGGCACUGUAGAGGCUGUAUCCCUGGGAGAUAUUUACACUCGGGCUACUGGAAAAACACCCAUAUCCCCUGGUCUAAGACUGAAGGACCCCGGCUGGGAGAAGCUUAGAAAAACCAACUCCUCCCUCAUACACAUCUCCAGUGGAACUGAGCAAGUGGAGUUCCUGGUCCCCCUAGUGGCUGGCUUGUGUAACAACCACAACAGCCUGGACUCCAUCUCCAACCUCAACUCCAGCCGCAGUGACUGGGUGCUGGUGUGUGGCAAGCUCUCCAGCAAGCUCUCUUUGCUGAGAGAGAAGAACGCACACACCGAGUGGACUCUUACCUCCUCAGCCAUACACAGUCGUCCAGCACCAGGCCAAUUCAACGAGGAUGGAAUCCCAGAUCUCCUCAUACAGAAGUCUGGGGCCCCUAGAAUGAGAAAAGUUCAGGUGGUUGAUGGAGCCAGUGGGCGUAGUCUGUGGGAGACAGAGUUUAUUUGUCCACGCCUUGACCUGGAAGGUACUUCAAUCAUGACAUCUGCUCAAUCAGCUUUCCUUUUCUGGGCCGGUGACCCUGUCAGACCACCAAAGAACCUCACCAAGACAACUGUGGCACCAGGGGUGGUUCAAACCAUGCCAGUCAUCCGAAAGCUCUUCAUGUUACAUCCUGCAUAUCCCACAAUCCUUCUGGAGCUCGCCAGCACCACAGACACCAUUCUUACUGCUGCAGUGAGUUACCAGGAGCCGCAGAAGGAUGCCUCCUACAUUACUGUGUCCUCCCGGCCUACCUCUGGCCUGGGGCCUGGGUCUCGGGUGAUGAAGAGCAUGAGCCUCAGGGCAGCAAUCACUGCUGGACAGAUUGUGAGGCUGGGAGAGAGCAGCACCGCAGGGGUACCAGUCAGACCUGGAGUAUUUGAGAUAAACAAGUUCUUCAGGCGUCUCACCUUCAAAAACCAUUAGAGAGGAGUUGCUGGUUCUACACGAUCAGAGGGAAACCACUGGCGGGACCAAACCUGUGGAAACACCAUGAUACACAACAAGUGAAGGAGAUUUAUCUCAAGCUGUUUACAUUUCCACUUUUGUCCAAAGUACGAUUUUAAUUUCUAUUAUUACUCAUCUCACUUGCUGAAAAAUAUUUAUUUUGCUGUAUUUGUAUUAUAUGUGUAUAUAUUAUGAGUUGACUUAUUUAUUUAUGACUAGUCCUUUUUAUUGAAUAUUGAAUUUAAUAUAUCAAUGACUAUUUACCCUGUUUGGGGUGUAUGGAAAUCAAAAUAUUUAAGUAAGUACAUAGAAGAAACUUCUGGAGAUCAAGCACAAUGAUUUUAAUGGUGGGGAUGUAGGUGUAAGUUGUCCAUUGCACAAUUGGCACCUCACUCGUUUAGUAUAUUUUUAAUCUACAGAAUGAGAGGCAAUUACCCAGUUAAUUCCUCCAAAUACAUUCAUUCCCCUCUCAUAUCCACUUUUUCAAUUAGGCAAUUGAGGUCUGUGUUCAAGCAGAAUUACCCAGUUAUGUAAAGGGGGAUUGUACAUAUUUUGGCUGUAGGGUAGAGUGGGGUAUGUUGAGCCAUUUUUUACAUUCAGCAUCACUACAUCAAGGAAAAUACAGUAUUCGUUCCAACAUUGAUAUCUACAUAUAUUUCAGGAUGUUGUGUAUCCCUGAAAAUAAUCAGAAUUCAUGUAAACAUUUAAGUUUUGAAACAGCUCAUUCAAAAAAGUGGUUUCUUGGCACACCUUCCCAGGGUAUGCAUAGGGACAGGGUAGGUUGAGCUACCUUGGGGUAAGUGGGUGCUGGUAGGUCAAAGUUUAAUUCAUGGAAUGGGGGUGUGGUAUAUUGUAUAAUUGAAAUGUAUGUCUACAUUCAGAUAUAGAUCACUAUAUUUAAUAUUAUUAACCCUUCCAUUUCUUGACCAGUUGUCAGGGACAGGGAUGUUGUUUCGAUGUGCCAAUUCAUAGGCAAGUUCUCUGCAUGAGGCUACUAAGCCCAUGAAUGCAAAAAAUACUAAUACUAAUGGUGUACUAAGCCCAUGAAACUGGUCUGCGAGAUUCUUGAUAGGUUUAGCAUGCUCAGACUGUCAUCGGUUAAGACCUUGAGUUCCUCUGCUACUUGGUCACAUGAUUAAUGUUGUAUGGUUUCUUAGAAACAAGGGCAGGCGAAACGAACCUUAAGGCUCAACUUACACCACUCUCCACAACAGUAUUUACUGAUAUGCUACUUACUGAAAGGUUUACAUUUCUUUAAUCAAUAACUAUUGUAGUGAUGAUACAUUAUUGCUGAGUGCCAUGUAUGGUAACUGUGCAUUGUAUUGCUAUUGGUACUUGUAAAUAUUGCUGACAUACUGGAAAACAUUUACAGAUCACAUGAAGAAAUAAAUGUACUGCUGCAAUUCUUGCUGCUACAAAUGUAGUGUUUUGUACUACAGCUGUACUACGGAUUCAGCUCCGUUUGCAAUAAAUUAUCAUAAAAACACUGUAA